CGACAAGCACUCGAAGGGUCAGAGAAGAUCCUUGGUCCCGAGCAUCCUGACACUCUAACAAGCAUGUACAACCUUGCUUUUACUCUAAAGGCCCUAGGAAAGGUCUCUAAUGCUAUAAGCCUUCUUAGGGAAUGUGCAGACCUCCGGAACAAUAUAUUAGGCUCGCAUCAUCCACACGCUAUAAGCCUUCUUAGGGAAUGUGCAGACCUCCGGAACAAUAUAUUAGGCUCGCAUCAUCCACACGCUAUAUCCUCAUCAAAUACCCUUCGUGACUGGGAAACAGCAGCAACUCAGUCCUCAGAAAGUCAACCAUCUGCUCUAUUACAUAGUCCCACCAAAUCUGAAUUCGAUGCACACUGUUGCCAACGAUCAUAUUAUCUCGGCUUCGAAAACUGCUGGACGCAAACGGCGAGUCUUCAUGAAUUUCUUCCGAAGACGAUAAUAUCGGUUUGAUCUCAUAUUGCAUCCUAACCAUGACCGAUGGUCCAGCACCAGGCUUUUAUUGUCGUAGUUGAUAUUAUAACCUAUUUACUCUUUCCCCACCCUGC